UCUCAAGAAUCAGUGAAAAGCCCGAUUGCGCGUGCGUAUCCAGACGUGGCAACGGCAUCAUGGCUUCUUGGAACCGCUACUGGAGUGGGAUGAGAGAGCUGAAAAUGUAUAUAUUCGUCUUGUUGGUGUGCCUGGCGUCUGUGCUGCAGGCGGCGGUGAAGGUCUCUCCUCUGAUAGAGAAGGUCAGCGACCACAAGGACUUAAAGAAGCUCCUGAGGACCCGAUCUAAUGUCCUGGUGCUCUACACUAAGUCAGCUACCUCCGGGGACUCUAAGUUCAAGCUGCUGUCUGACGUGGCCCAGGUGGUCAAAGGACAGGGCACCAUCGCCUGGGUCAACUGUGGGGAUUCAGAGGGUCGUAAACUGUGUAAGAAAGUGAAGGUAGAUCCCAGCUCAAAAAGUGGUGGAGCAGAACUCCUGCAUUAUAAAGAUGGGACAUUCCAUACAGAAUACAACAGGCCUGCUACAUACAAGUCCAUGGUGGCGUUUUUAAAAGACCCCACAGGAGCCCCUCUUUGGGAGGAGAACCCAGAAGCUAAAGAUAUUGUUCAUGUAGAAACUGAAAAAGACUUCAGAAAGCUUCUGAAGAGGGAGGAGAGGCCGAUCCUCAUGAUGCUCUACGCCCCAUGGUGUGGUGUCUGUAAGAGGAUGCAGCCCGUAUUUCAACAGGCAGCUACAGAGACCAAGGGCAAAUUUGUGCUGGCUGGGAUGAACGUGCACCCAGCUGAGUUUGAUGGUCUCAAGCAGGAGUACAAUGUCAAGGGCUACCCGACCUUCUGCUACUUUGAGAAGGGGAAGUUCCGGCACCACUAUGAAAACUAUGGGGGCACAGCCAAGGACAUCACUGACUGGAUGAAGAAUCCCCAGCCCCCCCAGCCGAAGGUCCCAGAGGUCCAGUGGUCGGAGACUGACUCCCCUGUCUUUCACCUGACUGACGACUCGUUCGAUGGGUUCCUGGCUGAACACCCAUCUGUCCUGAUCAUGUUCUACGCUCCAUGGUGUGGCCAUUGUAAAAAGAUGAAGCCAGAGUAUGAGGAAGCCGCUGAAUACCUCAAAGACACAAAUAGCCCUGGGGUUCUGGCAGCCGUGGACACCACCAUUCACAAGGCGGUGGGAGACCGCUUCAAGAUCUCCGGCUUCCCCACCGUCAAGUACUUUGAGAAGGGAGAGGAUAAGUUCACUCUACCCCACCUUAGGAGCAAGGACAAGAUCAUUGAAUAUCUACAGAACCCCCAGGCGCCCCCUCCCCCAGAGCAGUCCUGGGAAGACAAGCCGUCUGGUGUCAGCCAUCUUGGAAUGGAGGACUUCAGGGAAGUUUUGAAGAAGAAGAAGCAUGCCCUCGUCAUGUUCUACGCACCAUGGUGUCCCCACUGUAAGAACGCUGUCCCUCACUUCACCACAGCAGCAGAUCUCUUUAAAGAGGACCGCAAGAUAGCCUAUGUUGCCGUAGACUGCACUAAAGGACAGAACCAGGAGCUGUGCAAGCAGGAGAGUGUGGAAGGCUACCCCACCUUCAACUACUACAACUACGGCAAGUUUGCAGAAAAAUACAACGGAGACCGAGGGGAGGCAGGAUUUAUAGGUUUCAUGCGCAGCCUGCGGGGGCGGGACCAGGGCAAGAGGAAAGAGGAGCUUUAAGGCAGGGCGUGGAGAGGGGGAGGAGCCUGUCGUUGCACUGUGACCGUGGCAGGGGCCUCUUAGCACUGACAUCACGUGAUGUCGUCAUGACGUGAAAUCACGGGGCGGAGACUUGAGAACCUCAGAGUUUCAGGGGAGAUGCUAUAUGAACACGCCGGGUACCUAAAUUGAUGACAUGUUGCGCAGCUGGGAGACCCAUGGAUUCUGUUCAGUCAGUCAUCCUGAUGAGCCUGUCCCAGCUAGCUAGUUCAUGCAGGAAACAGCAGUAUGGCACUAGUUUUUUAAAGUUUUUUUUACAGAAAGUGAUGUCUAAUUCAAUGGGCGAGGGAGAAAUAACUUGUAGUAUUGGUCACCAUCUGGAUGUUACCAUGACAUGCCUAUUAGCUAACGUAAUGACAAGCCUGUGUGAAUGACCAGUGCAACGAUGUCGGUGCUUCCCACUGAGCAGCAUUUGCUUCACCGGCAGCUGUAUCAGCUAAUGUAGCCAAUUUGUUCCAUCCCACUUGAGUAGGAUAGCAGCCUACACGAGAAAUAACUUGUAAUAUUGGUAGCAGAGACUGGAACCAAAAUAAUUUAGGUCUGAACAGAUCUACUUUUUUUUUCAUUUUAUUCCACUGUUCCGACCAGCAAAAGAAAGUUCUGAACUGUUUCGAACCCCAAAAAAGUAGAGGUUUAUCGUUUUUUUUACAUUUAGCUCAGCAUUAAGUUACUUCACCAAUGGAUAAAGCAGUAUGGUGCAGGCAAGCUAUGUACAUGCUUUGGACAAAGUGUAGUGUGGAGUGACAUGAGACUGAAUUUUUGCAGGUGAGGAGAGUGCUGAGCAUCAUACCUACGGAGGAGUGGCUUCUAUGAAGGAUCUCUGAAAGUCUUUGAACUUUAGAGUUGGCUUAACUAACGUUGGACCAGAGCUAGCCCUUGAUCAUGACUCUCAGUUCCAUUCCACAUAAUGCCGUCUAGAGUUUGAGAGCUAGACCAGACCUAGCUAACAAGCUGUGUGUGCAGAGCGGCACCAGAAGUAAAAUUAAAACACAUUUUUGUAGUUAAUAAAUGCCAAACAUGGUAAGAAUGAUAGUUAAGUAGCAUUGAAAAAGUGAAUCCAUUCUCAUUUAAAUGUCUCUCCCUAAUUUCUGAAUCAUGCCUGUAACAUCAGUAGGCUGCAGUAAACGAUGCAUUUUUUGGAGGGAAACACUGUCUGAGUGACAGUGAGGGCUUUGCAUAGGUGCUUUGUUAAAAAAAAAAUACAUUUUUUUUUUUUAUGGGACUGGACAAAAAUGCAUGGAGCGUAAAAUACCAUUAACCGGUUCCCAUACUUUUUUUAAAUAACGGUUCUGUUACGGAACAGUACACCACUUUCAUUCUCAGUUCUGUUCCUCCAUGUUUUUUUGUUGUCCUUUUCAGGUUUUCGGUUCUGUUCCAUGAACCGGUUCCAUCCCCUAAUUGGUAGUAACCAUCUGGAUGUCACCAUGAUAGUCUACUGCUCAAUGGGGAGUUUGCGCUGCAAGCCUGCAACACCACCACACGAGCCACAGUGUUGACUUCGCUCCUGCUUGCUGAGCACCUCUGUCCUACAGUCAGGAGAGGGGAAAUAACUAGAUAGCUGUCAUCUUGUUCUGAUAUCAGUUGCACAUUUAUUGUAGUGAUCACAGAAAAUGUACAAUUACGGCAUUAUCUACAUUGUUACCCCGAUUUUAAAAACAGAAUUACUUUGAUUAAAAACAGUGAUUCUGAACUCUCCCAAGUUUCAAAUUCUCGUUGAAGGUUCUAGACGCAAGCAUAAACUAGUUAGCUGGGGAGGGCUCACUAGUAUGACUGACUGAACUGAAUCCAUUCGUCGACACUCAACUCUCGUUGCACCACAUGUCAUACAUUUUGGGCACCAGGCGUGUCCAUAUAGCCUCUCUCAGAACUCAGCAAUUUUUUAUCGAACAUGUUUGUAAUGCCAGUGGCCACUUUCUUUUUUUAAAUAUUUUGAUGGAAUGAUUAAAAAAAAUCAAACAGAACCAGAAAGAAAUCAGCAGGAACAUUUUGCCCAAAUACUGUGACUGCAAUUGUGGAAAGCUACACCUUACUGCAGGGUAUCCCAAACUCAGUCAUCGGGACUCCAAGGUGUGCAUGUUUUUGUUUAUUUGCCCUAGCACUACACAGCUGAUUCAAAUAAUCAACCAAUCAGGCUUUGAUCUUUUGAAUCAGCUGUGUAGUUUAGUGCAGAAAACUAAGUGCACACUUUGGGGUCCCAAGGACCGAGUUUGGGAAACACUGCCUUACUGUAUCUAUGCAAUACCAGACUCUCCCUUCCCACUCCUGAGAAUCUGUGAUUUGGUGGGCUAGCUGAGCUGUGGUUGUGUUGCAUGUGCCACCUUCAGCCAGCUACAAGGAUCACUACACUACUGUCCUAUCACCUCGGUUUGUUGCCCUGAAGAGGAAUACGAUCUUCCAAUAUUACGGUUUCAAUAUUUUUGUACAGACCGGUCUCAUGUUAGGUCUUGGUUUCUUUCAGGAGGACAAUGAUCUAUUAGUUCAACUGUGGCCUUAAAUAUAUGUACAGAAGUUAAUCACUCACCUCUGAGUCAGAAGGAUAGUUGUGAAUGAUUAUAGGCUCUUAAACAUAGCAAAGCUCUUGUAGUGGUGCUUUGAGGCCUGGUGCUUCCAUUCUGCCAUGUUGCCAAGUCAACCAUGGGACAAGUAAAUCAAAUCUGACAGGAACAUAAAGUGCCAAAAAUAAAUUUGAAUUAUUGUUACUGUACAUUUCAUUUCCAGACAAUGAUUUACAGAAGCCUCCUGUUGUAGUGAUAUGCCUAGUAUUACCGCUUUACAAUAGUCCUGCAUUACUCUAGUGUAUUCUGUCAAAGGCUUUAGAAAAGCUAUGGACCAAAUAUGGUCGUUAAUGUGCCGUCUCCUAUUGAACAUGACUUUUUUUUGCUCCAUCCUUAAAAAAUGUUCAGGAACAAGACACUGUCCCAGUCCAUCCCUUCCACCUUUUGUCUGGGUAGCAGUCAGAACCAUUCAACUCAAUAUCAGUAGGCAUAUGGGAAUAUGAAUAGAUUCAAACAAUUUUUUUUCCAUUCUUGGGACUGAUUUAGACCUGGGACAGCAGGUGGGGGCAAUUCAUUAUCCGUUAGAACCGAACCAGCAGAAGCUGGACCUCGUAGGAUAAAAUUCCAUGAUCCACGAGCAGAUUGCCUCUGUAUGACUGUCUCUGUACCCUGGUCUGGGAAAUAUUAUCCCUUGCACAUCCAACUGGAUGACUUCAGAUUUCACAAUAGCGCAGAGAUGUGAGAAAGUCGACGGACCCCCUUAACACUCGGCACUAUCAUCAAUACUGGAGCCAUUACCAUUACCUUUGUGGCAACUUUAAUGCUGUGUUUUCAACUCCCCUGCUUAGGCUGCUAUAAAUAUUUAAAGGCCUAUCUUUAGCUGAACUUGUGUUUCAAUAUUCAGGAGUUUGGCUCCUUUCAUUAUUGAAUAAGGUUCUCAGGAUAGCAAAAACACAAUUAAAGGGAACUAGCUUGUUUGUAUUGCAGUUGAAUGGUUUUGAGUUCUAGAAUUGCCAAAUUAAAAUACCUGUUUACAUUUGUCUUGUUUGAAAAAUAAAAUUUUUAGAGAUUAAAAUGGUCAGGAAGUAUUAAAUAAAACAUUUGGUACACACACACUCCCUGAGCUUGGCAGUAUCAUUGAUACCGGAUCAUUAUCUUUGUGGCAACAUUAAUGCUGUGUGUUUUCAACUCAUCUGCUUAAGCCACCAUAAAUAUUUAAAGGCCUAUCUGUAGCUGAACUUGUAUUAUUCAGGAGUUUGGGUCCUUUCAUUAUUAAGGUUCUCAGGGAUAGUGAAAACAAAGGGAACUAGCUUGUUUGCAUUGCAGUUGGAGGGUUUUGUGCUCUAGUCGCCACAUUUAAAAGAACUGUUUACAUUUGUCUUGUAUGAAAAAUGAAAUGUAUAGAUUAAAAUGGUCAUUUACAUUUCCUGUGCUGAAUCAUGGCAGGAAGUAUAAUCUUUUUUUUUUUUAAACAUGGUCCAUAUAGGGGUUAAUGAACUAAUACAUUGUUUGGUAUUCUAAAUGGGCUACUUCCAAAUUAGGUCAGUCUGGAAUGACUGCUGACUGACAGAACAAUAUCUCCAUUUAAUGUUACCAUUACAUUUCUGCAACAUGCAAAAUUAACUGCAUCAGAGUGUUGGUAUACUGCUUUACUGCUGUUUUAGAUGUUCUGUUUAUUUUUCUGUUGAUCAUUUUCUUUUUCUCCUUUCACUUGUUUCUUCACAUGGCCUCAGUUCUAGCAAAUGGUUGAAGACAUUUAUAAAGACAACCUUUGUCUUAUCCCAAAGCACUUCGUAUUGUGUGUAACCUGUCACACCUAUGCCAAGAAGUCAUUGUUGCAAUUUGUUGAUUUUCUGUGCCCAGCCAUAUGUACAGUUUUGCACCUUUUGAAUAAGGACUUUGCAAAAAAAUUAAAACUCAAACAUUUCCAAGACA